AUGUGCUUAUGUAUAUGUAAUUUGUUUCAGGUAAACGAGGCGGAUCGAGACCACGUGAUGCCCAUCAUCACUCCUGCCUACCCUCAGCAAAACUCAACUUUUAACGUGUCCAGUUCCACCAGGUCCGUCAUGGUAGAGGAAUUAAAGAUCGUGCUGGCCUCCUCCGCCAGCGAGGACGACCAGCUGAAGUGGUGCGGGCUCGUUGAGAGCAGGAUUCGACAUCUAGUCGAAUCACUUCAAAAGGACGAACCAGUGGCAUUAGCGCGGGUGCACCCAAAGUGCUACGACUGUGCACCCGUUAGUGCAACCACUGGGCAGGCCCCAGCCAACUGCUGCUCGAUGUGGUUCAUCGGGUUGGAGUUUGAGAAGACCUCUGUCUACUUAGACAUGACGUGUCACAUACAGACGUUCACGGAGAACGUUAACAAUGUCGGGAGGAAAACCAACAUGCUUCAGGACGGCAUGGCUAUACAGGUCCGGUAUGUGCGUCGAGAGGAGUUGAACCUGUACCUGCCCGACUCCCUGCUGUGCCGCGAGCUCACCUCCCCCGACGCAAAGCUACAUCAAAGCUUUGCGCCCCAGGUCGCGCCCGCGCCCCUGCCUGCGCCCCCGGCCUCGCCCGCGCCCCCGUCCGCGCCACUCAACGCCACCAAGCGGCCCGCCGAGGGCGGCGACCACACCGACGUGCCGCUGUGGUCGAGUCCGGAGUUCAUCCGGUACGUCGCGACAAUGUACACACUCUGA